AUGUCUAGAAGGAUUGUUGUAACAGGUCUUGGGCUAGUAACGCCUUUGGGAGUUGGAGUGAGGCCAUCAUGGGCUAAUCUUAUUGCAAAUAAGAGUGGAUUGAUUUCAACAACUACAUUACCGGACUAUGAAUCAGCUGGAUGGGAUAAAAUACCAUCGAAAGUCAUAGGCAAAGUGCCCGAGGGACCAAUUUCUGAAGGAAAAUGGACCUCAACGGAUCAUUUUGAAAAGGGAGAGGCUAGGAGAUUUGCAUUGUUUACUCAGUACGGCCUCGCUGCUACAGAAGAAGCAUUGAAGGAUGCUAAGUGGCUUCCACAGAGUGAAGAGGAACAAAAUUAUACUGGGGUAGCUGUCGGAAGUGGCAUUGGUUCAUUUGACGAUGUGUAUGCAAAUUCUGUCAACUUUUCACAGUCUGGAUAUAAGAAGGUACAACCAUUAUUCGUGCCCAAAAUAUUGACUAAUAUGGCAGCUGGGAAUAUAUCUAUCAAAUAUGGAUUAAAGGGACCUAAUCAUUCUGUUUCAACAGCAUGUGCCACAGGUUUACAUUCCAUUGGGGAUGCAUACAAUUUCAUUAAGAACGACUACGCAAAGGUCAUGGUUGCAGGCGGAACUGAAGCCACUAUUCACCCAUUGGCAUUAGCCGGGUUUGCAAGAGCUAAGUCCGUAGUGACAAAUUAUAAUGAUGAUCCAACAAAAGCAUCUAGACCAUUUGACAAAGAUAGAUCUGGAUUUGUCUUAUCAGAGGGAUGUGGGAUAAUGAUUUUGGAAGAACUUGACCAUGCUUUGAAUAGAGGACUCACAGAGAAAGAUAUAUAUGGAGAAAUCAAAGGGUAUGGUUUAUCUGGGGAUGCAAAUCAUAUUACCGCUCCACGCGAAGAUGGUGAUGGAGCUUAUAGGGCUAUGAACAUGGCCUUGAAAUUUGCUGGAGUAUCACCUGAAGAGGUUGAUUACAUUAAUGCUCAUGCUACGUCAACUGUGAUAGGUGAUAGGUCUGAGAAUAACGCAAUUGCAGAAUUAUUUAAAAACAAUAAUCAUUUAUCCGUAUCAUCCACCAAGUCAUCGAUUGGUCAUUUAUUGGGAGCUGCAGGAGCUGUAGAGCUGAUAUUUACAAUUAAGUCUAUUAAAGAGAAUAUAAUGCCACCAUCCUUGAAUUUACACAACGUUGGCGGUCAUAAGGAUGACGACUCAUCUAUGUUUAAUAAGUUUGAUUAUGUUCCAAAUGAAAGCAAAAACAAGGAAGUUAGGUAUUCGCUUUGUAAUUCCUUUGGGUUUGGUGGCACCAAUAGUUCAUUAUGUUUAAGUAAGUACUAG